GACCCCGACGUUGUUGGGGCAGUGUGGCCUUCGGUCAUCCGAAAUCCGCCGAGGCCGCGACGUUGUUGGGGCAGUGUGGCCUUCCGUCAUCCGAAAUCCGCCGUUGCUAGUGCGGCGAAGAGGGGCUGGGGGACGUCGGGGCGGGGUUUGCAGCGGAACUCUGCCGGAGUGAGGCGAGGAGAUCACCUGGGACUCGGCUCCCCGCCCAAACACUAGGGAUCGCGGGCCUGCCCACCUUGUACCUCCUUCACGGCCCAAGGGCCGGCUGCAGUAAGAGAACGUAAAAGGAAGAUAAAUUUCUUUUCUAUAGAAUGAUUGAGCCUUUGAUAAGGAGAGCCUGUGAAGAAAGCGGUAUUUCCCUGAGGCCUGUAUCCUGCCUUGAUUGACUUUUCUUGAAGUAUUAUAAAUCAGGAUGUCUGCACAGUCCGUGGAAGAAGAUUCAAUACUUAUAAUCCCAACUCCAGAUGAAGAGGAAAAAAUACUGAGAGUGAAGUUGGAGGAGGAUCCUGAUGGUGAAGAGGGAUCGAGCAUCCCCUGGAACCAUCUUCCUGAUCCAGAGGUUUUCAGACAGCGAUUCAGGCAGUUUGGAUACCAGGAUUCACCUGGGCCCCGUGAAGCUGUGAGCCAGCUUCGAGAACUUUGCCGUCUAUGGCUCAGGCCAGAGACACACACAAAAGAACAAAUCUUGGAGCUGGUAGUGCUGGAGCAGUUUGUUGCCAUCCUGCCCAAGGAACUGCAGACCUGGGUUCGAGAGCAUCAUCCGGAGAACGGAGAGGAGGCAGUGACAGUGCUGGAGGAUUUAGAGAGUGAGCUAGAUGACCCUGGACAGCCGGUUUCUCUCCGUCGACGAAAACGGGAAGUUCUAGUAGAGGAGAUAGUAUCUCAAGAAGAAGCUCAGGGAUUACCAAAUUCUGAGCUGGAUGCUGUGGAGAACCAGCUCAAGUGGGCAUCCUGGGAGCUCCAUUCCUUAAGGCACUGUGAUGAUGAUGGUAGGACUGAAAAUGGAGCUCUAGCUCCAAAGCAGGAGAUUCCUUCAGCGGUAGAAUCUCACGAAGUUCCGGGCACUCUCAAUAUAGGUGUUCCUCAGAUUUUUAAGUAUGGAGAAGCCUGUUUCCCCAAGGGCAGAUUUGAAAGAAAAAGAAACCCCUCUCGAAAGAAACAACAUAUAUGUGAUGAAUGUGGAAAACACUUCAGUCAGGGCUCGGCCCUCAUUCUCCAUCAAAGAAUCCACAGCGGGGAGAAACCCUACGGAUGUGUUGAAUGUGGGAAAGCGUUCAGCAGAAGUUCUAUCCUCGUGCAGCACCAGAGAGUCCAUACUGGAGAGAAACCCUACAAAUGUCUUGAAUGUGGAAAAGCCUUUAGCCAGAAUUCUGGGCUGAUUAAUCAUCAGAGAAUCCAUACUGGGGAGAAACCUUAUGAAUGCGUUCAGUGUGGGAAAUCUUACAGUCAGAGCUCAAAUCUUUUUAGACAUCAGCGAAGACACAAUGCAGAAAAACUUCUGAAUGUUGUGAAAGUUUAAGAAAUUACAAAAAAAAAUCAGCACUCAGGUCUUUUUCUUCAGAAAUGAAGACAAAAUUAAAAACAUGAAAUGAUACAUAAUAGUUUUAUUUCCCUAUAUAGACGGUUAGAAAAUCCACUGGGAAAUGUAGAAAAUCUUCACCCACCAUUAUUUUAUUUUACCGUGAAAGAAAUGAUAUCAUACCUGCCUAGAAACUGAAAUUUUAAACUUAAUUCAGGUGUUAAUGCCUAAAUCUUCCAUGUGAUGUUUAUAUUCUUAUUAUUUUUCCAAAUAAUGAACUACCUGAUUCUUUGUCCCUUAAAAGUUUCUUUUUUAGACAGACAUUGUUUCUGUGUUGAUCAUUGAAAUGUCUUUGCAAGGAUACAUUCCCUUCUACAUUAAAAGGCAACGUAGGAAUUAUAAAAUCUGAAAACCUAAACCCUUUUUUAAAAAUGUACCCUUCUGCUUCCUUUUACCUAACUUGGAUAUGCAUUCAGAAAAUAGAAGAUAAAGGAUGACCAAAAGCCUCAAAGUAAAAUGAGCCUUAAAACUCAGAUGAGAAGUGAUGGUGAUAAAACAUCAAAAGUGAAUGGGACACCUAGAUUGGGGAAGAUAAAACAAAUAUCAUGAUCCAGGAAUUGAAGUAUAUCAAGAAUUUAUCUCCAUUUAAUUAUCUGCCUGCAGGAAAACUCAAAAUACACUUACCUUGUCUGUAAUUUGAAGGCAUCCUGCUAAUGAGAAUGUUCUGUGUUAUCGGUAGAAAGUGGACAGUGAACAAUAAGCAGUUGUAAACUACAAGAGUAGAAAUCUUAACACUAGGGAGGAAUUUGUAGUGAACAGCAGUGUUGAAGGGCAAAUGUAAACGGAAGGGUAAUGGUCUGUCUUGGCUUUUAGAAAACAAAAGAGACUUGAAGAUCUAAUUUAUUUUGCCUUUCUUUUGGUGAAGGACAGAAAUGUCCAUGACAGGUGGGCAAGAAGUAUCAGGUUGGCUGUUUUAUUCCUUUGGUACAAAAGGGUUGCACAGCAGGCUAACAGAGCAGCCAUGCAUUUAUUAUUAAACAUUUUCUACCGACGAGGCACUGUGCUAGAUACUGUAACCCUACCAUGGGUAGGUAGAUGUUUCUUCCACUGUAAAUCAUCGGGGGUUUGGUCUAAAGCUGUUUCAUGUGAGUGAGCUGUUUCCCUCCAUCGGAGCAGUCCUGGGGGAGGUCACCUCUGAGAUUCCCGGAGCCAUAGUCCUCCUACCAGGGUGUUGUCUUUGGGGGAAAGGAAGACUCAGCUCAGAGAGCUGGCCAGCUCUCCAGCAAUCAGAGGUGAGUCCAAGAUACUCCAUCAUGGUUUGGAGGUUUGUGGGUCUUUUAAAAAAACUAAUCAAUCUCUAGUAGCAUUGAGGUUGUACUUACAUGUUAAGUUGAAUGGAUUGUUCUAUUUAAAAAAUAAUAGGUUAUUAACAACUAGUUUAUUAACUAUCAGAAUUGAUUGAACUAUUUUUUUUUUAAUUUUAAGUCUUAACACAUUUUAAAAAAUGUAUAAAAGUAAUACAUUGUAGUAGUAGGCUUAUAUACUCUUUGGCUGAGAAUCCCAAGUACUGUGGUUUUACUGUUUAGUGGAAAACUCUGGAAGUUAAAAUAUAGAAUAUGAGAAAAGGCUUUUUUAUAGUGGGCAUUAAUUGUGUGGAAAAUGACCCAUGUGAAUAAAAAGAUUUCAUAGUUCCAGAGAUUUUGGUUACAUCUGGUGCUUGGAUCAAAUUUAAAAAAUGGAAGGUGAGAUUUGCAUGAGCCUGUUAAAAAGCAUAGUAAUAAAUGCAAGGCCAGCUGGUGGAAAAGUGAGGCAGAAUGGAGCUUGUUUAUAGAUUUUCUGAUAACAAUUAAUUAUAAGAAAUGUGCUUUAUAGAUUAAGAUUUAUUGAAGUAUAAAUAUGUAGUAAUGAUAUAAUGUAUUUUAAGUUAUACAAGAAAAUGUAGGGACUUUUGUUUGGGUCUUUUUCUCUUUGUGGCUGAGAGGAAACAAGUCAAUGUCCAAUAAAGCUAUAAACUCCUCCGCUCUAAGAUAAAAUGAUCUUGAGUUGAUUUAUUUAUUUAUAACUGGCUUCUUUCCAAGUAGGUUUUGAGGUGGCAUAUUUUUAAUACUUCUGCUGAGAUGACAGAAUUCUUGUAUCAGAGUAGGUAAGAAGGGAGCAUCCUCUCAGUGGCUAGAAUUUCACCCUGUUUUUUAGAUCUUACCUCUUUUGCAUAUAUAAAGAAACUUCCCUGUCGUACAUUUGUCAUAAAUGCCAAAGAUGUUUGGUAUAACGUCAGAGCUUAGAAAAAGCAGUGUUAGACUUGGCAAAUACAAGUUUGUCUUGCCAGCUCUGAUCCCUGUGUGUUGUUUAGAAAGGAUUCUGAGGCGAAGGCAAGGCUCUGUGGGGAAAAUGGGCUGGACCCCAAAAGACUGGAUUAGGGUGUAAGGGAAAAGGAAGCAGCAGUCUGUGUACUCGUCAUCUUCUGUUAGUCCACGUCCCCACUAGACAACUUGAUUUAAGAUGGCUAUUCAGUGAUUCAUUAUUUCGGAUAUUAAUGUAUACCCACACAGAUAAUCCUGGUUAGCAAUUCUGGGGGCUGGCCAGCCUCUGAUGAAGUGACCUGGCAGUCGCCAAGCAGCGCCAUCUGUUUGGUUCUUAAAAGAGCAGUCAUUGUUAACGGCACGCAGGCCGCUGAUAACUGCCCAAUGGCUACUGAGCAUUUGCUCAUUAUUGCUGAAUUUCCUGCUGGUUUUCUUGGAGGUUAAACUCCCCACAUCCACACCCAGUUGGUAUUCACUCGAUCAUUGAACGGUAUGUUUAUCACGUUGAUGUGAAUUGAAGGGAGGGUUGUGUGGAAAGAAUCUGCACUCCAGGCAUUGGGUCAGUCGCUAUGCCUCUCUCACUUAGAUUUGUAGUCAAGGAAAGGGAGAUUCAUAGAUUGUGUGACUUGCAUGUGGCCAAUUAGAGUUAAAACUCAAAUGUAGUUCUGUGAACUUACAGGAAUAUAUAUUUUUUCACAGUGUAGUGAGUGAUGGCUGUUAAACCUUGAUUGAUAAAUCUGCUUUUUUAUGGUUAACAAAUUUGGAAGCUUAUUAAUAAACAUAUUCAUUUGCAUUUUCUACAGUACAGAAAUGUUAAAUGAAAAAGGACAUUCCUUUUCACAGUCUACUCAGAAGGAAUAAUUACUUGGUUUGCUAUUCUUCCGGACUUAGGCAUAUUUAAGCAUAUUUAAGCAAACGUGUUGAUAGUUGACACUUGUGGUUGCUGUGUGCGGGCACUGUUGGAAGCGCUUUACCAUGGAUUAACUCUUAGCCCUCACAGCAGCCGUAUGAGGUAGGUGCCUAUCCCCAUUCUUACACGUACUGCACUGAAACUUGCCUCCCCUCCCACUAGGAUGUAGACCUGCUUUUUUAUGGCUACAUACGUUCCUCUGCAUGAAUAUACUGGAAUUUGUUUAACCAACCCCUUCCUGAUGGAAAAUAAGUUCUUUCCAAUUUUUUAAUUAUGGCUAAAGGCAUAGUUAUUAACAUUCUUACCCAUGUAUUUUGCUGCCUGUGUGGAUAUUUCUGUAGGAUAAAUAGUUAGAAAUAGAUUUCUUGGGUCAGAGAAUGUGCACGUCUAACAUUUUGGGAAAUACCACCAAAAAGAUGGUACCAAUUUACAACUCCAUCAGCUGAGUGCCUGUUUGCCUAUACUUCCACCCACCCCGAAUCCUUAAAUACUUUUAGCAUUCUGGUGGGCAGAAUUUUUCUUUUUGUUAAUAAGGGGGAGCAUCUUUUUAUGUUUAUUGGCCAUUUGCAUUUCCCAUUGUGAACUGCCUUUGCCCAUUUUUCUUUUUUUAGUUAAUAAAUGACUACCAUCUCAUUUUAUAAAACUUAAAUGAUACACAACUAGAAGAGCAAAGAGAGACCCUUUUUUUCCAGUGCUUCCAGUCUCAUUCCACUGUCUAGUUUCAUAUACCUCCAUCUAGUUCCCUUUCCAUACAUUUCCAUAUGAGUAUACAUACACAUAUAAAUGCUAUUUUUACAUAAAUAAGAUCAUGUAUAUGAUUUUUCUGCAGCUUGCCUUUUUUUUUUUUUUUUUUUUUGCGGGGGGGCAGGUGUGUCAGAAACAAAUCCUUAGGUCUUUAAAUUUCUUUAAUGGUUGAUUUGAAUAGGAUCCAGUACUAUGAAAAUCCCGUUAUUUAACUAUUCCCUUAUUUUGUCUCUUGCUAUUACACUGCCAAAGUAAACAUCUUCUUCAUACAUUUUUGUGCAUGUGUGUGAAUUUCUUUCGGACGGAGUUGUAUGAGGUGGAUUAUUGGGUCAAAGGAUGUGCUUCCUGAUAGACCCAUCUUAGCCUUUCCAAAGGUCUUCAUAACUUUUUAUUUUCACCAAAUGUAUGGAAAGUGCUCAUUUCCCCACAUAGCCUUACCUACACUUAAUAAUUUUUUUUAUCUGAUGGGCAAAAGAAGAAAAAAUCAUUUUGUAUUUCCCUGAUUAAUGGUGAGGAUGAGGUUAUUUUCAUAGUUUAUUGGCCAUUUUUAUCAUGGACUGUUUGUUCAUAUUCUUUACCUAUUACAGCUUUUCUAUUGGGUUAUGUGUGGAUAUAUGUUGUUGGGUCUUUUGUUGUUGUUGUUCAGCAUCUCUUUCCCCAUCCUCUGGUAACAGAAUCCUUAUUUAUUGUGGGGAACCCAUUCCCUGUGGCUGAGAUGAGUACAUGACCAGGUCUGGCCUUCCUGAGUCCUUCAGCUUCUUAGCCACAGUGAUUAAAGAAUGGGCAUGUAACUCAAGCCAGGCUAAAGCGAGCUCUCAACAGAACUUCUGCUGGAACUCUUGGAAAGAAGGCUCUACAGGGAUCCCACGAACUAAGGACCGUAAGCCUGAAUUUACACCAUGUGGAGAGAGUCUGAGGAGAAAUUCAGAGGCUAGCAGAAAGGAAUGAGAACUAAGUUCCGAUGUCAUUUUUCUGGAGGCCCUAGAUCCAGCUGUGCCUAAAGCCUGCCCUACCUCCGAACUUUAAAGUUUUGUGAGCCAAUAAAGUCCCUUUCUUGUUUAAAAUAACUGAAUUGGGUUUCUGUCCUGAUUAAUAUAGGUUAUUUGUAUUUUCUUAUUGAUUUGUAGAAAAGCUUUGUAAUUCUAAAUUCUAGACUUAACACUUUAUGCAUUAUAUAGGUUAAUAAAAUUAGCAUGGCCUUCCAUGA